AUGUUCUUUAUAAAAGACCUCUCGCUCAAUUUAACGCUACAUCCAUCCUACUUUGGUCCGCAGAUGAACCAGUAUUUGCAACAGAAGCUGCUGACUGACGUCGAAGGAACAUGCACGGGUCAAUUUGGAUACAUCAUCUGUGUUCUAGACAGCAUGAGCAUCGACGUGGGGAAGGGAAAAAUCGUGCCCGGUCAGCAGGGCUACGCUGAGUUUGAAGUCAAGUACCGUGCAGUCGUUUGGAAGCCGUUCAAGGGAGAAGUCGUCGACGCAAUUGUCUCUUCCGUCAACAACAUGGGCUUCUUUGCCGACGUGGGGCCACUAUCUGUUUUCAUAUCCAAACAUCUGAUCCCCAAAGACAUGAAAUAUACACCAUCGCACACUCCUCCUGCCUACAUCAGCGAGGACCAGGUCAUCAUGAAAGGCUCCAAGGUGAGAAUAAAGAUCAUCGGUACGAGAUCUGACGUCAACAGCAUCAGCGCGAUCGGAAGCAUCAAGGAGGACUACCUGGGGCCUCUGUAG